GUGCCUGUGGAGCUGGUUCUGCUGCUCACCGUUCCCAUCGUGGACCCCGACAAGGAUGACCUGAACUGGAAGAGACCCCUCAACUGCCUGCACAUCCUCACCAGCCCCCUGCUCUGCGUCCUCACCCUAAAAAGCCCUGGCAAUGGGCUGUACCAGAUCCAGGGCAUCUUCCCAGUCUGGGGACUGGUCACACUGGUUGGCUCUGUCCUGGCCAUCAUCACCUUCAUCACCACCAGCAACGAGGAGCCACCCAAGUACCACUGGGUAUUUGCCUUCCUCGGGUUUUUGGCUAGUGCCAUGUGGAUCAACGCUGCGGCCACGGAGCUGGUGAACAUUCUGCGGACGCUGGGCAUCAUCUUCCAGCUGAGCAACACCGUGCUGGGCUUGACGCUGCUGGCCUGGGGCAACAGCAUCGGCGACACCUUCUCUGACCUCACCAUGGCACGGCAGGGCUAUCCCCGCAUGGCCUUCUCCGCCUGCUUCGGGGGCAUCAUCUUCAACAUCCUGGUCGGCGUGGGACUCAGCUGCCUGCUGCAGAUGACCAGCAGCCAGCUGGUGGUGAAGCUGGAGCCCGACAGCCUCCUGGUCUGGAUCCUCGCCGGGGCCCUGGGGCUGAGCUUGGUCUUCUCCUUCGUGUCGGUGCCAGCGCAGUGCUUCCAGCUGGGCAAGGCGUACGGCAUCUGCCUCAUCCUCUACUACCUGGCCUUCCUCUGCGUGGCCCUGCUGACCGAGUUCAGGGUGAUCCGUCUCUCCGCCAUCUGA